AAAGAAAUAACCUUUUCUUCUCCCUCAACGCACAAGUAAACUCAAUUUGUUUUUGUCUUCCUGCCUGGUGGAUCAUGUGUAUGUAUGUGUGUGUGUGUAUAUAUAUAUAUAUCCAUUUAUGAUAGUCUAAAGUGGCCUACGAUAAUAAAGCUGACGGUCAAAUUUUGUACAAAUACUAUUUCUUUCUUUAAGAAACACUACAAUCCAAAGCUACAAUUUUGAAGUUGUUGCUGUUGUUUUAAGUCUUUGAGCUAGCAGAGCAGAGGUGAAAAAAAAAGAAAAAGAAAAGGAAUGGUUACGGAGGGAAGUGAGAAGCCAAUUGAGGUAAGAGCUAUGGAAGCUUUGGGAAAAGGCUUUGAUAUUAGCGGAGAUUUCAGGUUGAAAUAUGCUAAAGGAGCAAGGUUGGUGGUGCUUGAUGAAACCGAUAAAAGAGACAUUGUAUUGCCAGGUGUUUUUACUAUCAAAGAUGUUUCUCAAGAUAUUCGUCUUGAUAAAGGCGAUCGUAUUCGAUUCAAAUCUGAUGUUCUUGAAUUCAAUCAGAUGUCUGAGUUUCUUAAUCAGAAAUCUUCUAUACAAGGAAAAGUUCCUUCAGGCUAUCUUAACACAAUUUUUGAUUUGACUGGAGACUGGCUUCAUGAUGCUGCAGACACCAAAAAUCUUGCUUUUGAUGGUUACUUUAUUUCGUUAUAUCAUUUACACCUUACAGCAUCUCCACUUGUUUUACAUGAUAGUGUUAAGAAAUCUGUUCCAUCUCACUGGGAUCCAGAAGCAUUGUCUAGGUUCAUACAGACAUAUGGGACGCACAUAAUAGUCGGCAUGGCUGUUGGUGGUCAAGAUUUGCUAUGUGUCAGACAGAACUAUUCCUCUGCAAUUCCUUCUUCUGAGCUCAGGGGGUAUUUGGAGGAUCUUGGAGAUGUUAUGUUUUCAGAUGGGAAAAGCCCUUCAUUACUGCAGAGAAAAACAAGAGAUGGCAAACAAAAAGUACCCGAGGUCUUUAACCACAUAUUCAAGUCCAACUCCUUGCAGCUGGCCAGCAUUGCGGAAACAUCAAGCAAAGAUGGACUCACUAUCAUUUCUUCAAAAAGGGGAGGAAAUGUGCUCUUGCAUAAUCACUCCAACUGGCUCCAGACUGUACCUACUAAACCAGAAGGAAUUUUGUUCAAGUUUGUACCAAUCACUUCUCUUCUGACUGGGAUUCCAGGAAGUGGGUAUCUUAGCCAUGCGAUCAACUUGUAUCUUCGUUACAAGCCUGCUCCAGAGGACUUACAUUAUUUCUUGGAGUUUCAAGUUCCACGACAAUGGGCUCCUAUGUUCUGUGAACUGCCUCUUAAGCAUCAGAGGAAAAAAUCUUCUUGCCCUUCCCUGCAAUUCGCUUUCCUGGGUCCUAAGAUACAAGUCAGCUGUGCACAGGUUUCAAGUGAUCUAAAACCAGUAGUUGGUCUUCGUUUGUACUUGGAAGGAAAAAAAUGCAACCGAUUGGCAUUACAUGUGCAACAUCUCUCAAGUCUUCCAAAUAUGAUGACAACAUCCGGCAGGCCAUGCCAAUGGCGAGGUUCAGACGACUAUAGGCCCAGCGAUCAAUAUUUAGAGCCAGUCAGGUGGAAGAGAUACUCAAAUGUUUGCACAUCUGUAGUUAAGCAUGAUCCUAACUGGUUGCAAGAAGUCUCAAGUGGUGUUUUUAUCGUAACCGGUGCACAGCUUCUUUGCACAGGGAAAUGGGCAAAGACGGUUUUGCAUCUCCGUCUGCUGUAUACUCAUAUACCCAACUGCACUAUCCGGAAGACCGAGUGGGCAGUUGCACCUGAAACUACUCGUAAGGCCAAUUUCCUUACAAAUCUUAGUACAACUUUUACUGUCACUCAACGGACAGUCAACGGACAACAAAAGCAAGCUCCAACUGCACUUAAUUCAGGUGUAUAUCCUGAUGGUCCACCUGCACCAAUUCGCUCUAAAAAACUACUAAAAUAUAUGGACAUGUCUGAGGUUGUGCGUGGUCCACAUGAUGCUCCGGGACAUUGGUUGGUAACUGCAGCCAAGCUAGUCAAUGAGGGUGGUAAGAUUAGCUUGCAAGUAAAGUUUGCAUUGUUGGACUAUCCAUGACCAUCGGCCUCUAUUGUACAUAUAGAGUGUGAUUGGUAUAUAUAUAUACACACACAUAUAGUUUGAAUUGAUUUUUGGUUUGAAUCUCUUUGUACAAGUAAGAGAGUGGUGUAGUGAUAUCCAAAUUUGAGCCAUUCUGACCACCUAAGUUGCAGCCCAAAGUCGAGAAAUGAAUAUUGUCAUUGAUUUGUUUGCUUAUAAUUUUAUUAAUUCUUUAUUUUUGGACUAAGAGAAAGAGAAAAGAAACAUUCAGUUCAUUCAUAGAGUUCCAUAUUUGUUAUUUUUAAUAAUAAAUAAAAAAGCUUAUAUUUGAA